AGAACUGUCACGCGCGGGGGAGGUUCAGUUCGGUGCACACGAGAACGCGAAAUGAACGGCAAAUUUCCCUCCGUGCGCUUCGCGCAGUGUCAACACGCGUUCCAAAACAUUUCGAAACAUCUUGGGGCGCGCGUGAGGCUGGCUGGAGGACACUUCCGGCCUAAGCGGCGUCUGGUAAGAAUGGAGGGUGACACGGAGAUUGCGGAGCUGGAGAGCGACAUCCGUACGUUGCGAAAGCAGCUCAAAGAGAAGGUGCAACAGCUGAAGACCUUGAAAAAACAUUUUCAGAAAAACUGCAUCACGAAGCUGAACAACAAUGAGAUUGCGCGUUACAGUCGGCAGAUUAUCCUCUCGGAGAUUGGCGUCCAGGGUCAGCUGAAGUUGAAGCGCGCCUCCGUGUUGGUCGUCGGAGCCGGCGGUUUGGGAUGUCCCUCGUCGCUGUACCUGGCCGGGGCUGGUGUCGGCCACAUUGGCAUCCUAGAUUACGACGAAGUUGAACUGACGAACCUGCACCGUCAACUUCUGCACACGGAAUCCACCGUUGGCCUCACCAAGGUAGACUCCGUCCGGGACUACCUCCAGGAACUCAACUCGCAAAUUGAAGUCAGCACGCAUCACACCCAGCUGACGAGCGACAACGCGUUGACCAUCCUGGAGCAGUACGACAUCGUCGUAGACGCAACGGACAAUGUGGCCACGCGCUACCUCCUAAACGACGCCUGCGUUCUCCUCAAGAAGCCCCUCGUUUCAGGAAGUGCCCUGCAGCUCGAAGGCCAACUCACGGUUUACAACCACAAAAGCGGACCCUGCUAUCGGUGCCUCUUCCCAAACCCUCCACCCCCGGAAACCGUAACGAACUGCGGCGACGGUGGCGUCCUCGGGGCCAUCACCGGAGUAAUCGGCGCCCUUCAAGCCCUGGAAACCAUCAAAAUCAUCCUCGGCAACGACGGCGUCCUGUCGGGCCGGCUCCUCCUGUUCGACGGUCACCAGAGCUCGUUCCGCAACCUAAAACUGCGCGGCAAAAAGGCCGACUGUGUCGUCUGCUCGGACAACGCCACCCUCACCAAGCUGAUCGAUUACGAGCAGUUCUGCAGCAUGAAGGCCACCGACAAGGAUUCGCACCUAGCCCUCCUCACCCCAGAAGAACGCAUCACCGUCCAGGAGUACAAACGCAUCGUUGACAGCAAGCAGCGCCACGUGCUCGUUGAUGUCCGUGGGGCGAAUCAGUUUGAAAUUUGCCAACUGCCCUGCUCCGUCAACGUCCCCAUCGAGGACAUCCUGAAGAAUCGACGCGGAGUUACGGAUAUUCUGGGGAGCAGCGAAAGUGACGACGAGGUGGCCGUGUUUGUGGUGUGUCGCCGGGGAAACGAUUCGCAGCUGGCCGUGCGGCAUUUGGCGCCACUUUUUAAGGAGCGAGGACUGCCGACGCCACGGGACAUCGUUGGCGGGUUGCACGCCUGGACGCGCAAUGUGGACAAAGAGUUUCCGAUUUAUUGAUGUUGAAAAUAUAUUUGGUGGUUUUUGCUUUUGGAAA